CUCCUUCCACCUCCAUGGGACAAUCCUCCUCCUCCCUCUCGCCGUCGCCGCCGGGUUCAACCCACCACCUCCACCGGUCUGUUGUUCUCUCAUCAUCUUCCUCCUCAGCCGGAUCGGAGGCUCUCGCUUUCAGGAACUCCAAGGAGGAGGUUUCUAUUGAGUUUUCUGAAGAUAACAGUUCUUAUAUCGACUAUACAUCUGAAAUUCCCGAUGAUUGUUUGGCCGUAGUUUUCCAAUUCCUUGGUGCAGGCGACCGGAAGCGAUGUUCUCUUGUGUCUCGGAGAUGGCUGCUUGUCGAAGGCCAAAGCCGCCACCGACUCGCUCUCAACGCCCAAUCGGAACUCCAACCUGUCAUCCCUUCGAUUUUUUCUAGGUUUGACUCCGUCACAAAACUCUCUCUCCGAUGUGACCGCAGAUCCGUUAGUAUAGACGACAACGGAUUGAUCCUUAUAUCUCUCCGGUGCCGGAACCUCACGCGCCUCAAGCUCCGUGGUUGCCGUGAAAUUUCCGAUAUAGGUAUGGCGGCGUUAGCGAAGAACUGCAAGGAGUUGAAGAAAUUCUCUUGUGGAUCUUGUAUGUUUGGUGCCAAAGGAAUGAACGCGCUCCUCGAUAACUGUUCUUCUCUCGAGGAACUCUCGGUGAAGCGCUUACGCGGCAUCAACGACGGCGGAGCGGCGGAGCCGAUUGGUCCCGGCGCCGCUGCUAUGUCUCUCAAAUCCGUAUGUCUCAAGGAGCUCUACAACGGCCAGUUCUUCGGGCCGUUAAUCAGCGGUGCUAAGAAACUGAAAACCUUGAAAUUGCUCCGUUGCUUAGGCGAUUGGGACAGGUUGUUGGAAACGGUUGCCACUUCGGAUAAUUGUUUAUCUGAAGUCCAUCUAGAGAGGCUUCAGGUGAGUGAUAUCGGUCUCUCGGCGCUAUCCAAUUGUUCAAAUUUGGAAAUUUUGCAUAUUGUGAAGACUCCAGAAUGCACUAAUACUGGGGUUAUCGCCAUUGCUGGCCACUGUAAGUUUUUACGGAAGCUUCAUAUUGAUGGUUGGAAGACAAAUAGGAUAGGAAACGAGGCUUUGAUUGCCAUUGCAAAACAUAGUGCCAACCUUCAAGAAUUGGUUCUAAUUGGGGUUAAUCCUAGCUCGAUUAGUUUGGAAGCCAUUGCUAUAAAUUGUCAGAAAUUGGAAAGAUUAGCCCUUUGCGGAAGUGAGACGAUAGCUGAUGGUGAGAUUUCUUGUAUUGCAUCAAAAUGUGUUGCGUUAAAGAAGCUUUGUAUCAAGGGGUGUCCAGUAUCCGAUGAAGGGAUCGAAGCUUUUGCUUGGGGUUGCCCUAAUUUGGUAAAGAUUAAGGUGAAGAAGUGUAGAAAUGUGACAUUUGAAGUUGGGGAUUGGCUUAGAGCUAGAAGGGGAUCGUUGGUGGUCAAUUUGGAUGCGUGUGCAGUCGAAACCGAAACCGUGGAUGCAAGUGCUAGUGACAGUGGUGCACCAGAGGAUCCAGUUGGGUUUCCGCCGAUGAUGAGCCAUGCGGCUGUGGCUCAACCUGACCAUCUGGCUAGUAGCUCUAGUAGUCGAGCUUCCGUUUUCAAGUCAAGAUUUGGGCUUUUUGGAGGUAGGGGUCUUGUCACUUGCACUCUCAGAAGGUGGUCAAAUGGUAAUAGCAGUUCCAAUGGCACCUCAUGAACUGUAACCUUACUUUCUAAACAACACUUGCAUUGAUCAACACUUGCCUUUUUUCAUGUUAAUUCUGAUUUUUAUUCAAUCACACUGCAAUUUAUUUGGUGCUUGAACUUUGUUUUGGUUUUCUUGCACUUCCAAAUGACAAAGUCAUCCACCAAAAUGAUAGCCGUAUUCGGUGGUUCAUCUUGGUGUCUUGUCUCUUCAAUAUGUUACUCUUUUUUCAAAUUUCUCUUGGUUUCUUUCACAAAUUUCUCUUGGCAUUGUGCCCAAAACUUGUAAUGAGUUAUGAAUAUAUGUUGACUUUGUAUUUCAUUUUCUUACAUACAUACAUGAUACAUCUAUCUUAUUUUGCAUGUUUCCCUGUCGGUUUAGUUCCUUUUUUGAUCUUGUUAUGUUCUUGUUUCUUGAAUGUUAAAUGGAAAGCUUUUGACCC